AUGGCCAAAUGCCACACAAAUUGUGUGGAGAAACCCCUAAGGAUCUGUUUUGAGAUGAUGGGCUGUUUUAUAGGGUCCCAUCCCUGGUGGUUCCUGAUCGCUCCGCUUAUUCUCUCGACAGGACUGGGGAGUGGGUUUUAUUUUCUCAAGGACAGGAUGUCCAACAACAUUGAAGAACAGUUCACACCUGUGAAUGGACGGGCCAAGAUGGAGAGGAAAUAUGUCCAAGAAACUUUUCCAGGAAAUGAGUCCAUGUUUUCAAGUGUGAGGCUGAGCACAAGUGGGAAUUAUGCAACUCUCAUAGCUACAAGUGACAGGAAUAUCUUGACAGUGGAGCCACUUCAGGACAUCCUACACUUGGACUUUAAAAUUAGGAGUAUGGUAGUGCACUUUGACAACCAGUCAUUUGAGUACGUGGAUGUUUGUGCUGAGGUGAUGGGAUCCUGCAUCAUGAAUGAUAUUGUAGAUAUUAUUAAAAACAAUGCCAACAGUACAGAUGCUGUCAAUUUGACAUUUCCCUGGUACCACUCUGAUUUUAAGAGUAUUCCCCUACAUUUAAGUUUGGGGAGUGUUAAAUUGGAUAAGGAGACCUCGGUUGUUCAAAGUGCUAAAGCCAUACAGCUCUAUUACUAUUUAAGAGAGGACACCAAAGCAAAAAUAGAUCUGUGGUUGGAAAGUUUCAUAAAUUUGGUCUCAAAUGAAUCAUCAACUGCCACUCAGGUGUCAUACUCCACUUCUAUGUCGAUACAGUGGGAAUUUGAGAAAUCUCCAGCCUCUGUCAUCUAUUUAUUCUCCAUCACCUAUGCCAUUGCCAUCACAUUUUCAAUUAUAUCAUGUUGGAGGUUGGAUAAUGUACGGACGAAGGUGUGGGUGGCAUGUUGUGGGGUGCUCUCCACAGGUCUUGCAGUCCUGAGUGGUUUUGGUGCACUGUUGUUGCUGGGCCAACCUUUUGUUAUGACAGCUGCCUCCUGUCCUUUCAUGAUAUUAGGUAUUGGACUUGAUGAUAUGUUCAUCAUGAUCUCCUGCUGGCAGAGGACCCGUGUCCUGGACAGCGUCCCUGACAGACUGGCCGACACUUACAGGGACGCUGCCGUCUCCAUCACCAUCACCACCCUGACUGAUGCUCUGGCUCUCUUCCUGGGCUGCAGCUCGCCCUUUGGCUCAGUCCGGUCUUUCUGCCUCUAUGCUGGGAUUUCUGUUUGUUUCUGCUAUUUGUACAAUAUCACUUUCCUGGGGGCUUGCAUGGCUUUGAACGGACAGAAGGAAGCAGAGAACAAGCACUGGCUCACCUGUGCCAAAAUCCCAGAGGACCUACCAUCCAGGAAUUCCAAAGCCUUCAGUAUCUGCUGUGUUGGGGGGAACUAUGAUCGAAUCACUGAAAAGGAGGAAACUGACACCAUAAGCCACAUUUUUGAGAAGUUCUACGGCCCAUUUCUGACCCACAAACUGAUAAAAGUGUUUGUUUUUGUCAUCUAUGCAGGCUACUUGGCUGUUAGCAUCUAUGGUUGUUGGAUCUUAAAGGAGGGACUCGAUAUCAGGAAUCUGGCCUUGGAUGAUUCCUACAUCAUCAAUUACUACAAUAAUCAAAGGCAGCACUUUUCUGAAUAUAGCUACCAUGUGAUGGUGGCGGUGAAACAGCCCUUCCCAUACUGGGACGAGGAAGGACAGAAGCAGUUGCACUCAUGCAUUUCAAAUUUUGAAAGCUUGACCUAUGUCAAUAGUACAUUUGCUUGGUUUCUUUCCUUUCAGCAGUAUGCAAAUGAAACCAGCCUCAGCAUAAGCUCUCAAGAGGCUUUCCAAACCCAUCUGCCUCAUUUCUUAGAACUUGCCUCAAUGUUCAAACAAGACAUCAACUUGACUGCAGACAAUGAGAUUCAGGCCUCUCGUUUUUUCAUUCAGACACUAAACAAAACCACAAUGGAGGACGUGAUGGUUGGACUCAGGAAAACAGCAGAGGAAUGUCCAGUAGAGCUGCUGGUGUACCACCCUGCUUUCAUCUACUUUGACCAGUACACUGUCAUCAUGGACAGCACCAUUCAAACCGUCCUUGUGGCCGUGACUGUGAUGCUCGUCAUCUCGCUCAUCCUGAUACCCAGUGUCCUUUGUUCUGUGUGGGUGGCUUUCGCAAUUUGUUCAGUCAUUGUUGGUGUGACGGGCUUUAUGGCGCUGUGGGGUGUCAACCUGGAUUCCAUUUCCAUGAUCAAUCUUGUCAUGUGCAUCGGUUUCUCUGUAGACUUCUCAGCACAUAUUUCAUACUCUUUUGUCUCCAGUCCCAAGUGUGAUGUCAAUGAAAAAGCCAUGGGUGCCUUGGCCCAUUUAGGGUAUCCUAUUCUGCAAGGGGCACUGUCCACUAUUUUAGGAGUGGUGGUGCUGUCUGUGUCUGGGAGUUACAUCUUUAGGACAUUCUUCAAGGUUAUGUUUCUUGUGAUCACAUUCGGGCUUCUCCAUGGCUUAGUGUUUAUUCCAGUGUUCCUGACACUGUUUGGAGCCUGUCAGGAGUGUUGAAGUGGAGAUGUCCAUUUUACUCAGAAGUUUGAAUUCAUCACACUUUCUGUGUGAGGAAAUAUUGUUUAAAAUGAUGCUGCAGCUGCAAAAAUCUCUGUUGCCAUUUUGACUGGUAGGAAUCAAAUUUUGACUGCGAGAAAUGCUGCUGUGGAUAUCUAAAAUAUAGUUGUGGAUAAUCAAUGAGCCCUUUUAUUCUUAAUCUGACUUCUUAUCUACCUGUCAACAGACGUCCACAAUACAUAUGUGGCUAUUUGUUUCUAGUCAUAAUUGUGAUUAUAGAUAUCUGCAAUGACAUUUCUACUAGUCACAAUGCAUGUUUAGAUAUUCAAAAUUACAUUAUGGAUGUCUGGAAUGGUUUUUUAUUUUGGAUAUUUCAAAUUAUGGCUAGUAACGGUUAGACUGUAGAUAUCUGAAAUGGGAGGUUUUCAGAGCAAGAAUUCUAUUGCAUUUUUUACAAAAAUGUAUUUGUGGAUAUCUGAAAUUGAAAGUACAUGCAUACACAUGUACACAUGAAUGGCAGAGGUGACAUAAUUUGCCACAGGAAGAAUGCGAAUGUGGAUAUCUGAAACACUUUCUGAGUAGGAGAAACUGAAUUAUAGAUGUAUUGGUUGGUGUGUGGUUCAAUUAAGCCAGUGUGGCUUUUGGAACUGUGGUGACAUUAUGAACUACUUGUAGCACCCACCUUGACAGAUAUUGCACCAAUCAAAUUGCAGCCCUGACAUCAGUCAGAAUCAGAAGUUCCUACGUUUUCCUCCCUCUGAUAAUUAGUUUUGACCACAUAAGUACACCAACACAACAAAAAAAAGGAUAUAGUGUGUGCUGAUUUCUGAAAAAAUAUAUAUUUCAGUUGUAAUUUACCACAUAUUUUGUAUGUAUUGUGUUUUAUGCCAGUGUCAUACUAAAGACUAUUGAACUAUUCUGUCAAAAGUGUAGACUUUGUAUAAGUUGUAUCAAAGGCAUAUUUGGUGUCAUUUUGUACAAUUUUGUAAAAAUAAAUCUGCAGCCUGACCCACUGAACGACAUACAACCCAA